AUGAAAUAUAUAAUAUUAUCAAUUGUAUUAUUAUCUGUAUUUGUAUCAUUAAAUCUGGCACAAAAUGGAAUCGAUUAUUGUGUGCCACUAUACGCAUCGUUGAUGUUCUAUAAAGCACAGAGAGCUGGUAAACUUCCAGAUAAUGAUGUUCCAUGGCGUGCAGAUUCCGUAUUGAACGACGGACAAGAUCUUGGAAUCGAUUUAUCCGGUGGUUAUUUCGAUGCUGGUGAUUAUAUUAAAUUCACUUUUCCACUUGCCUACGUUAUGACAACUCUCGGUUGGUCAUACGUCCAAUUCCAAGACAACAUCGUAAACAAGUGCCAUCUACAAGAUGAAUAUCUCUCUGUCUUGAAAUAUGGAACCGAUUGGAUCAUGAAUGCUCAUUAUGACGCUAACCACUUGGUAACACAAGUCGAUGUAAUGAAUUCACACAGCGCUUGGAACAAACCAUCCGAUAUAGAUUACAAACGUACACUUUUCACUGUUGACAACACUCAGAAAUGUACCGAUGUUGCCAUGCAGUCUGCUUCUGCUCUGGCAAUGGCUUCGCUUGCAUUCGCCAGUACCAACCCAACUUACUCUACACAACUCCUGACCAAAGCCAAGUCGUUGUAUACUCUCGGUAAGAAUUGUCCAGCCGGAACCAUGGUUGUUCCAGACACCUCACAAGGUUACAGCUCCUCUGGUUACCAAGACGAACAAAUCUGGGCAUCGAUCUGCAUGUACUUGGCAACUGGAAGAUCCACCUCAACAACCUACUACUCUGACUUGACCGGCAGUCUCCAGGCACUUCAAGGUAGAGCCUUCAACGAUAUUUGGAGUGUUGUUAUCAGUUGGGAUUCUAAAUACUCUGCCGCCGCCAUGAUGGCAUUCAAAUCAUUGUCGUCCGACCCGAAUCUCUCACAAUUCUCUAGCUCACUGCAAUCUCUCGCCAACGCAAUCGUCACCACCUGGUCGAAUCAAGAUAAAUUCACCAAUGGCAUUGUUUCGAGCAAGGAUGGUUGGCAAUGGGGUAACAACAGAUACUCAAUGGGUGGAGCAUUCUUGGCUGCCGUUAUGAACAGCACCGAUUCCAACAACUGGGCAAAGCAACAAGUCAAUUGUGUACUCGGUCAAUGUCCAUCAAACUCGAAAUCCUACGUGAUUGGCUACGGUAAUAACUAUGCGCUGUUCCCACAUCACCGUGCUGCUCACAAUCCAGUACCACAAACAAGUGGCGGACAACUAACCAUCAAUUACCCAGUGGCAACCACCUACACACUACUCGGAGCAUUGAUCGGUGGUCCCUCCAUUCAAAAUCCAUCAUAUACCGACACUCGUGACAACUAUAUUCAAAACGAACCAGCAAUCGACUAUAACGCUGGAUUUACAGGUGCUUUAGCCGGACUUGUAAAUUUCGAACAUACCGGAGGUUACAAUGGUAAUCCAACCUCAACAACAUCAUCACAAUCAACAACAUCAACAACAUCAUCACAAUCAACAACUACAACAACAACUUCAAAACCAACCACAACUUCAUCAACUACUUCAAGUCAAUCGACUUCCUCGACUACUACUACUGCUCACCAAUCAACAUCAUCGACCACCUCACAUCUAACAACCAACGGUGAGGAACCAACUGAAGAUCCAACCAUUUCCAGUGGAUAUUUAUUGAAAUCAUCAUUUAUCUUUGUAUUACUAACUUUUGUUUUUAUAAAAACAAAAAUAUCUAAAAUUGUUUUAGGAGUUAACUAA